AUGGCCGUACGUGUCGAAGAUUUGCAGAGUGCACUGAACAGUGCUGCGCAGAAUGGACAACUUGACCUCAUCCAAGAACUGAUCGGUAGAGGAGCCGAGGUGAAUAAAGUUGAUAAUGACGCUGCUGCUGGAGGACAUCUUGAUGUUGUCACAGAAUUAAUCGGUCAAGGAGCUGAUGUUGGUAAGGCUAGUGACAAAGGAUGGUCAGCCUUAUACCUUGCCGCAGCUGCUGGUCGUGUUCGUGUUUCAAGUGCCUUGCUUAGUCAGCAUGCUGAGCUGGCCACAUCAAAUAUAAUUCAUUGGACGGAGUUUCAUACCGCUGCAGAGAGGGGCGAUCUUGAUGCCAUGAAAGAUCAAGUCAGUCAAGGAGCCGAGCUGGAUAAAGCCGGUUCUUUUGGUUGGACAGCCUUACAUAUUGCAGCAAGUAAUGGCCAUCUUGAUAUGACAAAAUAUUUGCUUAGUCAAAGAGCUGAUGUGAAUUCUAGCAAUGCCUUUGGUAGGUGUGCCUUGCAUAGUGCCUCAGAGAAAGGGAACUUGGAUGUCGUGGAAUAUCUGAUCAGUAAAGGGGCCGAUAUGAAUAAAGUAGAUGACCUUGGAUUGACUGCCAUACAUUUUGCAUCAAAUUCUGGCCAUUUAGAUAUCGUAAAAUCCCUAAUCGGCCAUGGAGUUGAGGCAGAUAAUGGCAACGCAAAUGGAACCACAGCUCUGCAUUAUGCUUUAUUUACUCGUCGGAUCGGCAUUACGAAGUAUCUGCUUAGCCAAGGCUCUGAACUAAAUAAGAGAGGCGUGUCGAACUCUGUCAUCUUACAAUUUGAUGGACAGUAUGGUCACUAUGAUGUUGUGCGAUGUGUGCAGGGUCGUGUAGUUCAAGCAGUUAGCAGACUAAUUGAUUCUCUUACUGUCUUUAGAGGAGCUCCAGAAGGUGAUCUUGGUAGAAGCAAAUAUCAAGAUGGCGAUGAGGAUAAGACAGCUCAAGGUGGAAUGGUUAUUGUGCAUCUGCCAUGUAUGAUAUCUGAUCUUGACAUUCAAGAUCUUCUUGUAAGUCAAGGCUGCAGAACAGUUAGUCGCACAUCAUUACAAUAUGCUGUAGAAGGUGGCAGUUUAGCAGUUGUUCGGUAUCUGAUCAGUCAAGGAGCUGACGUGAACGAAAGCAACAAUGUUGGCUGGACUGCUCUUCACAUUGCCGCUCAAAUGGGUCAUCUUUAUAUUGUAGAUUAUCUACUUGGACAGGGAGCUGAAGUAGCCAAAGGAGUCGUUGAUGAUAUCUCACCUUUGCACGUUGCUGCAUUUGUUGGCCAUUGUGACGUUACUGAGCAUUUGCUUAGGCGAGGAGCAGAGGUCAACGGAGCCACCAAGGAGAAAGGUUCUACAGCCCUACAUGUCGGAGUGCAGAAUGGUCAUCUCGAAAUCACAAAUAGCUUGCUCAGCCACGGAGCCGAUGUGGAUGCGACCGACCAUGACGGUUGGACUGCUUUGCACAUUGCAGCUCAGAACGGUCACAUCGAUGUCAUGAAGUGUCUUCUUCAGCAACUUGCAGAUGUAAGCAAGGUUACCAAGAAGGGAUCAUCUGCAUUACAUUUGUCUGCUGCAAAUGGACAUUCCGAUGUCACAAGAUAUCUAUUAGAACACGGAGCUGAAGUGAAUCUGAGUAAACCUGGUCAGACUGCGUUGCAACUCGCUGCAGAACAAGACCAAGGGCAUUGGACGAGUCCAGAUACGUUGUGUGCUGAAGGGCAGAAACACCUUUCUUCCCCAACUGGCCAUGCAGAUACUGAGGGUUUAACAGAAGAUGAGAAGAAGGUUAUUGGGCAACGUGCUGGGAAAGGCUGCACAUCAGUUCAUUUAGCCACACAAAAUGGCUACACCUCCAUCAUCGAGAUAUUAGUUUCUCAUGGCGCCGACCUCAACAUUCAGUCCAUCGACGGACAGACUUGUCUUCAUGAAGCCAUCAGACUUUCCGGUCGGAAGGACAGUCAAGUUGAAGCCACACCAGUACUCCAAAAGAUCUCAGAAGAGUUCUAUCAGAAUGAAUUGUCUCCCAAGAAGGCCCUGGUCUUCUAUCUCUUGGACCACGGAGCAAAGCCGGACAUCAAAGAUAACCAAGGCAACCUACCAGUCCACUAUGCCAAGGAUGAAAUCAUUCGCCAGAUGAUAUUCUCAAGGUCUCCUGCCAUGGACAUCAUCAAAGCUUAUCGAGCUGGCAAGACGGCGCCUCCAGUGAUCAACGACGUCUCUGUUCAGGUGGGAUGUGACGGUAAAGAGCUCAAACUGGAACAUCAUGGCAUUGCAAUGUCUAUCCCACCUGGGGCUGUCGAACAGAAUGAAUCCUGCAAGAUCACUCUCACCCUUGUGAGAGACCUCCCCAGUGUUGACAUCCAAGAUGAUACAUCAAUGGCAGCAUACGGGAUCAGAUGUGACCCUCCAAACAUGGUCUUCCACCAGCCUGUUAAGAUCAUGAUACCGCAUUCCACCUUAUUCAUCAACCCUGAGGACGUGAUACCAGACAUCGUCUCACAUAUUUGGGAUACAAGAAAGGGUUUACCAAGAGUUUCGAGGACAAAAUCAUCUGCUGCACCUGACAAAUUGCCGUACUGCAAAAUCUUGGAGAGACAUCUUGAGUUGCACAUCGAUCACUGUGCCGAGUGGUGGGUUCUUAUCCCUCUUGAGCAACAGAUCAUCCAGCUUCAAUUCAUGUGUACCCCAUACGUACCGGACAAGAUUGAACGAGGCAAAGAGUUUGAUGUUCAUCUCCACCUGAAUGCAGAUAUCCCGGGCAUAGAAAUGGAAGUACAAAGGGAAGAGAAGCAGAGUUCAUACCACAAUGCACAUCGCUCCUUUCCGAUCUCUAUCGAAGCUAAAUCCGGUGACAUUUCAGUGACUUGUGAUGGUGAAGGCAAGAUGAGCAACACUGAGGUAUGA